CAGAGAGACAUUUUCGGUGGAGGUGACUUGUCGGCCAACAUGCAGCUUCUCCUGGUGUCCGUCUGCCUGGCCUUCUUCAGCUCAGCACUUACAUCAGCAUCAGACCCGCACUAUGUGAUCACGGUUCCUAAACUGUCAGUGGGGGGAUCCCAGCAGAAAGUCUGCGUGACCUUCCUUGAUCUGGAUGGGCCGGUUGACUUAAAACUGGACCUGCAUAAAGAUGAACACACUCAUGUCAUUGCUGAGCACAAAGUAGACACCCCGGAUUACUCUCACUGUUUCCCCUUCCAGGUCCCUGUAAUAGAAAAAGACUAUUCAGUCUGGUCUUUCCACGUAUCUGCACAUGGGGAACACCUCAAUAUCAAUGAGACCAAGUUGAUUGGAGUAACCAAAGGAUAUGAUAUGUGCUUCAUCCAGACUGAUAGAGUCACAUACAAGCCGGGUGAUACAGUGAAGUUUAGAGUGAUAGCUGUGGACGUGGAUUUCCAUCCUGCACAAAAUAAGUAUCCUGUGCUUGAGCUAAAGGAUCCGAAUAGCAACCGCAUUGGACAAUGGCUGAAUGUAACUGUUAAACAUGGGAUUGAUGAUUUUAGUUUCCCUUUGGCAAAUGAGCUAUCGCUUGGAACAUAUAAAAUUAACAUACCUGGUGAAUGUGAGAAAGACUUUACUGUCUCUGAAUAUGUACUGAAGAGAUUUGAAUUACAAUUGAAUGUACCAUCCCCUAUAGCAGUGAUAGAUAAAUCCUUUCACCUAGAGGCGUGUGCCAGUUACACCUAUGGAAAACCAGUACAUGGCUCUGUUAACCUUACAGUCUGUCCUAUCACACAUUUCAAUUAUUGGCGCUAUCGCAGCAGCAGCGAAGAAGAGGACAAAAAACACUCAGAACAAUGCUUAGAAAUACUGGAUGUUAAGACUGAUAGCAAAGGAUGUCUGUCCAAGGAGAUUGACCUUAGUUUUUUUAAACUUUCAAAAGAAAGUUCACAGUAUUUACAAAUUUCAUCUUCUGUGACAGAAGAUGGCACAGGUCACAUUGAGACGGUCUCAGCUGAAAUCUCCCCCACUAAAUACAAAGAAAUUACAUUUGUGGAUACUGGAGAAUAUUACUUUCCAGGUGUUCCCUUUCAUGUCAAGGUGCGUGUUGUUGAUGAAAAAAAUCAGCCCAUGGUUAACAAAGCCAUAUCCAUAUAUCAGUAUGCAAAUAGUGAAAAGGUUGCAGAGCUGGUGACUGACAAAAAUGGAAUUGCUCAUUGUGCACUUAACACUUCUACAUGGGACAGCUAUAUGUCACUAACGACAAAGUUUUCAUCAGAUAAAAAUAAUGAUGAUGAAGAAGAUAGUUAUGAGCAGGCAGUGAAAUGGCUAGACCCAUUUUACUCUGAGAGUAAAAGUUUUCUGACUGUACAAAGCAAUUCAGAGAUAAUUCCCUGUGACUCCAAUAUGCCAGUGAGUGUGGAAUACGACAUCAAUAAGAGCGGCCUGGAUCCUAAAUCUGAUCAUCUCACCUUCUUCUACUUUCUGCUGUCUAAAGGUGGAAUCAAUUCUUACAAAGAACAUAAAUUAAACCUUAAAGAGCACGUAAAUAACCCAACAAUACAUGGGACAUUCCCCAUAAAUGUCCAUGUAGAUGCAAAUUUGGCCCCUGUUUUCGUAUUCUUCAUUUUCACUGUAUUGCCCAAAGGAGAAACAAUUGCAAGUAAAGCACUAUACACAGUUUCAGACUGUUCCAAGAACAAGGUCCAUCUCAGUUUCUCUGAAGCUCAGGUCCGUCCUGGAGAAAAGGUGAAUCUUAAGGUUACAGCAGACUCUGGAUCCUGGUGCUCCGUGCGAUCUGUGGAUAAAGGUUUCUUACUUCAUGCACCUCAUGAGGAGAUUUCAUUAUCAGAUGUUUUAUCAGAGCAUUUAGUGGAUUCACUUCGUGCUGGAGUAUCUGGCUAUGCACUGUUAAUCCGGGACCCUGUGACGCACAAAUGCCAAGAAAAUGAGACUGAUAGUAAUUCUGAUUUUCGAUUUGAUACUUACAAUUUGUUUAAGUCAGAAAAUUUGAAAGUUUUUACCAACACCCGAAUAAAGAAACCAGUGAUCUGUGCUCCGAUUGAGUUCGCUGGCCGCUCGCACAUCAAAAAGAAAAGCAGUAAAGAAGAAAAAGGUCAAGAGCUGAAGAAGCCUCACACAAGAGGAUAUUUCCCAGAAACCUGGUUGUUUAAUUUAGUUUCUGUGGGCCCAGAGGGACACACAGAGCUCAACCUGACUACCCCUGAUAGUAUCACCAAGUGGGUAACUGAUGCCAUCUGUCUGGGAAAUACUGGAAUAAGUGAGAUAAAGGAUGUUGGACUCACCACCUUCCAACCAUACUUCAUCGACCUGAUAUUACCCUACUCUGUGGUACAAGGAGAGACAUUUACAAUCCAAGCCCUGGUCUUUAACUAUGUGAAGAGCUGUGUGCUGGUGGUUGUGUCACUGUCUGAUUCAGAGGAUUUCACAACAGUCCAACAGAAGGAGCAGGCCAGAUGUAUCUGUGAAGGCCAAUCAACACACUUUUCUUGGGAAGCCACAGCCAUAAAUCUAAAGAACUUAAAGAUCCAUGUGAGCAGCGGUUCUCUGAAGUUGGAAGGAGAAUGUACUGAAGAUCCACUUUUGUUGGGAGAGGAUCACAGAGAAGACUCUAUUGAGAAAACCGUUGUGGUUAAGCCUAGAGGCCAUGAAGAGCAGAAGACAGAGACCUUCCUUCUGUACCCAGCAGAUUCCACUGAAAAAAUCCAAGUUUCAUACCAUGUACCAGAAAGAUUUGUGCCAGGCUCUGGCCGUGCCCACAUCAUUGUUAUGGGUGAUCUCAUGGCCAAUAUUAUCAUUAACUUGGACAACAUUGUACAUCUGGCUGAUGGCUGUGGGGAGCAGAACAUAGCAAAGCUAUCUAGAUAUGUGUACACAAUGCAGUAUCUACAGAGUACCAAAGAACUAACACCAGAACACAAGGAAAAGGGUAUGGAAGACAUCAUAGAAGGUUACCAGAGACAACUGACAUUUAAAAAUGAAAGUGGCUCAUAUGGACCGUUUCCAGGCUCUGAUCCUAAUUUCUGGAUCACAGCAUUAGUAGUAAAGGCUUUCAGCAGUGCUGAGGACUUCAUCUACAUAGAUCAGAGCAUCAUCCAGCAAGCUGUGACAUGGCUGCAGAAUGAACAGUUACCAAAUGGGUGUUUUGAAGUAUCAGAAUCUUACUUUAAUAAUGAUCUAGAGGCAGAAAAUGUAGUUGCAAAUACAGCCUAUGUCGUUAUCUCACUGCUGGAACAUCACGUGGUCUGCAAUGGAAGCAUUGUGGAGAAUGCACUGAAAUGUUUAAGGAAAGAAGCACACAGCAUUACAUCUCCCUAUACCCAGGCUCUUCUGGCCUAUGCCUUCACUCUGUCAGGAGACAGUGACCUAAGACAGGAGGCGCUGAAGCAUUUGGACAAGACUGCCAUAAAGAAAGGUGGAUCUAAGCAUUGGGAAACAAAUAUAAAUAGCCAAGGAGACGUUGAGACAUCUGCCUAUGUCAUUCUGGCUUUGCUUUCUGAAGAAACAACUCAGAGAGAUAUUGAAGAGAGCGCAGAUAUUGUCCGUUGGGUUAUGACCCAACAAAAUCCAUGGGGAGGAUUCAUCUCAUCUCAGGACUCUACAGUAGGUAUUCAAGCUCUGGCUAAAUAUGCCAAGGCCACUCACCACAAGAAGGGAGCCGCAACGGUGACAGUUGAGUCAAAGUCCGGGUUCCACAAAGAAAUUCAUGUGGACAAAGAUAAUAGUGGUCUUGUGCAGACAGUAGACCUGACAGAAUUCCCUGGUGAAUAUACAGUAACUGCCACUGGAAAAGGCUGUGUCUAUUUACAAUCACAUCUGCAUUAUAACAGUCUUCCUGACCAUUCAGACGACCACUUUGCCGUCAAUGUAAGCACCCAGCCAGCCAUCUGCACCCAUGAAGGACAAACAAAGUUUGAGGUCCAUGUGGAUGUCAGAUACACAGGAAAGCGACCUGAGACUAACAUGGCAGUGGUCGUGGUGGAAUUUCUGUCAGGAUUUGUUCCUGAUAAAAAGAGUAUUAAACAGUUGGAGAAGAAUCCUACAGUGAAAAAAACAGAGAUCUCUGAAGAUCAUGUCACCAUUUAUUUGGACAAGCUCACUCACAAAGACGAACACUUCAUAUUUAAGCUGAAACAAGAAACGCACGUGACAAAUCUGCACCCUGCAAAUGUUGUACUUUUUGAUUAUUAUGAACCAGAUGUACGUACCGUGGCAGAGUAUAACUCUCCUUGCAAUACAAUGAAAGGUCACUGCAAAGUCGGUGUCUCCCAGAGGUCAGAUUGUGGGCAUCCAGGUAUUACCAAGGAGGAGUGUGAGCAGAAAGGCUGCUGCUUUGAUUCCAGUAUUGCUCAGUCCAAGUGGUGUUUCUUCCAAGGAUUUGAAAAAGCAGAAUCUCACUAAUAAAGAAUCUAUCUGAAGACAUCACACACUGUGUCCUCUGUGACAACGAAUACUUACAGUACAGUCUACCCACAAGUAGCAGACAGGAAAAUAACUCCAUCAUGGACCCAGGCUAAAGGAUUCUGUUUCCUGUAAUGUAACAUUCAAUAAACAAUACACAGUGUAA